AUGGAGUACGAAUCCCCUCGUGUCAAGGGGGCGGGUCGGCCCCCGGGACCCGACCCGGACCUGAGUCAUCCAACUCCGAGCUCCGAGGACCGAGCCCCGACAACUACCUACAAGAUAGAUAGCGAACACCUUCAACUACUUCCAAGGUUGUCUUUUGACUGCCAUACGUUGAUCAUACGAGGAGCUUUGACAAUGGCCACUCCCCGCCGCAAUGGUCAAUUAUCAUCCUGUGAGCCGUGUCGUACCUCAAAGUUACGAUGCGAUCAUGAAAGUCCCGUUUGUGGACGCUGUGAACGCCGUAGUCUUCAUUGUACCUAUCACCCGGCACCAUUGACGCAGUCCUCCACUGGAAUACGUCCCCAAAAAAGACGCCGCGUCGUGUGCGAAUCAGAUCCUCCUAGUAAUAUCAGUCGACUACAGAAUGAGAACGAUGUCUGGACGCGGAAAAAAGCAUCAGUCUCGGCCCCGGGAUUUUUGGGGCAAACUAGUUACUACGAUUCAUUCACAGAUACAAAGAAUGGACUCCUUGUCGGAGUUCCACACCUCACAGGGCACGAUAACUUUCCCGUUGACCAAAAGCGGAUCAAUCUCGGUGCUCGGGUCUUGGCGCUUCUGGAGAACCUCCCAUUUUAUAGGGAUGUGGUCACCGCUCGAUUCAAGAUAUGGAAGGGAUGGAGCCUUGGUUGGCCAGUCACAAACAUGGUUCUUACAGUCGUUGAGAAGAUGUGGAGCUCCCUAGAAACCGAGGGCAUGGACACAAACCAACGAGCUUUCUUCCUCUCGAAGAGACUGUUUGAAAUGCAUACCCGGCCGCUUGAGGUGCACCCUUCAAUGACCUGGGAAGGCUUUCAGUCUGCUGCGGCCUGGAGAUGGGAGUUGAUCGGGCUGCUCUUUACUCUGACAGGUCUAGCCACGGACUGGGUCCCUCACGGUGACCGCAUCUUCAUGCGUCAGGAUACGAUGGAUCCGAAGAGCCUCGCUAUAACCGCCACCGCUGUGGGAGACAUAUGUCUUCAGUUCUGCGAUAGCAGUGGAAUUGUGAAUGAUAUUGUAGGCUGGCUGCUAUUGCAUCAGGUCACACUUUUGGCAAUAGUAUAUGGUGAAAGUGACUUUCGACCGUGGAGAAAGUUGGGAGAGUUAUCGACCACGAUAUUUGCGCUCGGACUUCAUCAAAAUUCCAGCGCAAAGGCACCAUUCUUUCUUUCUGAGAUGCGAAAAAGAACUAUGGUCUCGGCGUAUUCAAUGGACAAAGUGCUUGCCACUUUCCUAGGUCGGCCGCCGCUCAUUAGCUGGCGCUACUGUGAUAUUCAAAUGCCGCUUGACUUGAGCGUUGAGGAAAUAUUUGCCGAUCCCGUCGUUCGUAAUGCGGCAAUCGCUCGACUUGAUGAGAAGAGUGGAUGGAAUCUGGAGUCAAGCUUGAUGAAGGGCACAUGGCCUCGAAUUGCCCUGAUCACUAGCGUCCUCCGUGAGAAGGUCUUGGAGCUUUCACUGAGUUGUCAAGUGGAGAAUCUUAGCCAAAGGGUCGAGGAGCUUUCACACGAAUCCCGCCAAUUACGACAGGGACUGCCAAAGUUUCUCCAUUGGAAACCUGAUAUUGACAGGGUGAUUGUUUCCAGAGUAGAAUAUGAUCUCCUUUUUGAGGUUCAUAUGGAGUUUCUCUACAACGAUUUCCUGCUCUACCGGACCCUCGGGAAACGCACCCAGACGCAGCCCGAGGCAACUAUUGGCAUCGCCCGAGAGAUACUCAAAGCAUUGGUCACUAUGAUUUCCGAGAAGACUCGCUCCAGACAGCCCAUCAAAGGUAUUGGGCUUAGUGUCUGCUUACCGGGUCUUCCUUCUGCUGGUGUUCUCUGUGCAGAAUUACUACGUCGAUCCCGAUCGACGGUGACAAGCUCUUUUUUAGAGUUUCCUCGUUCAGAAAUCAUUCAAAAUUUGACCCUUUUCGCGACAUACCUAGACACCAUCAUUGAGAUUCAUGAUUGUAACUACCGUGUCGCACAGCAGGGUCAAAAGGCAAUCCGCCAUGUGUUGGACCAAGUCCUCUCCGUCGAAGGUCUCUCCUCUGCCGCAGAAGACACUGGAACGAGCGACAAAUUUAUUGAUGAUGCAAAUUUGCUUGACGGUCUGGAUUUCGACGAUCAAGACUUAUUUCUCGGUUGGCUUGAUGGCAACAUGCAACACAUGUCCGACUCCUGGCUAGCAUGGGUCAAUUUUACCUGA